UGCUUGUGAUGAAUGCUACAUAGUGAAAGAAUCCAGUAAGCACGACAGCCUCUCUAGCUACAUAGUUACCUGCUCUCCUUUGCCGACUCCGGCUGUCGAACACUCUCCGCAUAACCAUCUUCAUCCACAGAUAUUCCAUUCAGCAGAGAACACGAUAUGGCCGAUACCCCUCGCCCAGGUGAACAGCCCGCUGUCCCAGGCGGCGCGACCCGGAAGCGCAAGCUCGAUGAGGCCGUCAAUCGCGAAAACAACCCCCAAGUUGGAGCCGCCCGUGAAAGUAUCACGUUUGCUGGGGACACGGAGCUUUGGGCCGCCUACCAAAAUCGCGUUCAUCGGGAUCCAGAUGUACCGGUAGACGAUGGUACAAUCUUCAGCGAGGAAGUGUCCCAGAAGUUCAUCUGCGCAAUCAUCUACGUCGUGGAGCACCAACUCGAAGCAGAUGUUCUUGAUCAUCUUCUUUGUCACAUAUCCCGUCUUGACAAUGCACACUUUAACCGCGAAAUGUCAAAGGCCAGGGCGAAACAGACUCGUUGGCAGACGGCUAUUGUCACGGACGUCAUAUUCGUGCAAGCCAUAGUUUUGAAGGGCGAAGUCAAAGCUGCAGGCAGGGAUAUCUACGACAUGUCUGAGCAACAACUCCGACGGAUCAUUCUGGCGAAAUGGACAGAGAGCAUGUGCAUUUCCAUGUAUCACCGGAUUGCAGACAUUGUGGAUUUCGCCGCCGUCUUCCGUCCGCCUGCUGAGCACGCAGCUCGAGUCCGCGACUUCCGUCGAUAUCUUAGGCAAGUCUUCUACCUCAUCAUGCGCGACACUAUCCAGAGCCGCCUCCCUCGAGAAGACAACCCCGGUCAGCGGAAGAAGGAUUAUCAGUUCUUUGGAGAAUGGCGUGCUAUGAAAGCCGACCCAACAAUCCCCUGCGUUCCUCGCUUCGAGGAAAUUCCGGUAUUCCCUCCGUCGAGCAUUCAGCCGCGAAAGAAGGCCAGGAAGACUCGCUCGACUGAGUAA